AUGCACCAAAGGUAUGGCGACUUUGUGCGUACAGGGCCUCGAGAGAUCUCGAUCAAUCGGCCAUCGGCUGUGCUCACGAUUAACGGACCACAAUCGUCUUGCACAAAGUCUCCAUGGUAUAGCCAUGUGUCCGAUGACAGCACACAGAUCUCGUUAAACUCCACCCGCGAUCCCUAUGUCCACCGUCGAAGACGGAAGGCGUGGGACCGUGGAUUUAGUAUUAAAGCACUGGCAACAUACGAGCCGAGCGUCCAACACAAGGUGAACGCCCUAACCACUCAGAUCCGCGCCAGAUUGAACCAACCCCUCGACGUCUCGCGGUGGACAAUGUAUUUGGCGUUCGAUGUCAUGGGACUAGUUGGGUUUUCUGCAGACUUCCGCCAGCUGGAAGAUGGCACCGAGCGUGCCGCUAUCCAGGAGCUUCACCAGCAAAUGCUGUUUCUCGGGAUAUUGAAGCCCACACCGUGGAUCUUGACCAUUCUGGGCGCUAUCCAAGGGUUGGUGGGUGACUACGGGCAGUUCAUGACUUUUUGCGCAGACAGGAUCGCGGAAAAGAAGGAGCAAUGGAACGCGAAAAGCGACCAAGUCGGCGAAAAAACCCCAAAGGACAUCAUCUCCUGGCUACUAAAAGCCACCGAGGAGAAAGACCAGAGUGCUCCACCCGGCGAUCAAGCCCUCAACGAAGAUGGCCGUCUCCUGAUCAUUGCCGGAAGUGACACCACGGGCGUCACCCUAGCCCACGCGCUCUACUAUCUCGCUCAAAACCCCUCUGCGUAUAGAAAUCUGCAAAAGGAACUUGAUAACGCCUUCGGAAGCACUGCAGAACCCUCGGAUUUCACCAACGAGAAGCUUCAACGCCUCCCCUACCUCGAAGCCGUCAUCAACGAGACCCUCCGCCUCAAACCUGCCGUCCCCAGCGGUCAGCCCAGACUCACUCCACCUGAAGGUCUACAGAUUGACGAAGUUUGGAUCCCGGGUGAGACAAUAGUCGUGGUACCGCAGUAUGUCCUCCAACGUGACGAGCGCCACUUCCCCUCCGGCUCGAAUUUCAUUCCUGAGCGGUGGCUUGAUGAGAAGAAAUACUUGAUCAAGCACGAAGAGUCGUUCUUCCCAUUCCAACUAGGACGAUACGGCUGCGUCGGGAAGCAACUGGCUCUCAUGCAGCUUCGGGGCGUAAUCUCCAGGAUCGCAUACGAUUUCGAUAUUGCAUUCGCGGCUGGGGAGGAUGGGGUGGCGUUCGAUAGUGAUUCCAAGGAUACUUUUACUUUCACUAUCGAUCCUUUGCAGCUAGUCUUUUCAGAGCGAGCAAGGGAGUAG